AUGGCCGACGCCUCCAAGAUCCAAGAAUAUGAAGUCUCCCUCGUCGAGGCGCACGAACUCUCAACAGGCCCCCUCUCCAUCCUCAUGACCGCCACCCGCACACACACUCAAGUUUUAAUCUCGUGUCGGAACAACCGAAAGCUGCUCGCGCGAGUCAAAGCCUUUGACCGCCACUGCAACAUGGUACUAGAGAACGUCAAGGAAAUGUGGACGGAGAAGGGUAAAGGAGGCGCCAAAGGUGUUAACAAGGACCGAUUCAUCAGCAAGAUGUUUCUGAGGGGUGAUAGCGUCAUUCUGGUCUUGUUGAGUUGA